UAAAGCAGGAGGAGGGAGAUGGAUGGAUGAGGAGGGCGGAGAGCCACGUGGUGCCAUAAAGCCCAGCUAGAGAGGGCCUGUCCCGGGAGUGUCCAGACUGCAGGAGUCAACGCUCGGAAGGUGGACUGUCAGGCUUGGGAGCCGGAGCCGGAGCCGGAGCCGGGGCGCCAAGGCCCGGGAGAAGGCCAUGCACCGAGGCGCGCCGGGACCAGGCCUCAGGGGCCAGAAAGGGGACGAAGGCUCUGCCCAGGACUUGGGGAGCUCUGGCCUGGAGGCCGGGAGGGAUUUUGGGGUGCUGAGAGAGAACGGCAGUCCCCGCGGCCUGGGCGAAGCAGAGGAAGGGGUGGGCAGCAGAAGGCGCAGCCGUCCAGUGCGGUCGAAAGCGCGGCGCAUGGCGGCCAACGUGCGGGAGCGCAAGCGCAUCCUGGACUACAACGAGGCCUUCAACGCGCUGCGCCGCGCGCUGCGGCACGACCUGGGCGGCAAGAGGCUCUCCAAGAUCGCCACGCUGCGGAGGGCCAUCCACCGCAUCACGGCGCUCUCCCUCGUGCUGCGCGCCAGCCCCGCGCCCCGCUGGCCCUGCGGGCACCUGGAGUGCUACGGCCAGGCCGCGCGCGCUGGGAACGCGGGCUCCAGCCCGCCGCAGCCUGCGCCGCCGCCGCCCGCCGGGCCCUUCGCGCCGCGCUGCGCCUCGUGCUUCCUGCACACGCCCCUGGGACAGGCCAGGGCGGUGGCCGAGGCGCGGGGCGUGGCCCAGGCCUCCGCGGGAAGCUGGCGCCGAAGUCUCGGGGCUCCCUCUGGCUGGCCGCGGGGCCACCUGCGAGCGGGCCCCGGGCUGGGCUACCAGCACUCCUGA